CCUCCCUCCGCCCCCCGCGCGGCCCAAGAUGGCGGCGCCCGGCGGGUUCGCGGCGUGGCUGGCGGCGCGGCUGGAGCCGCUGGGUCUGGACCAGGGCGUGUACGGGGCGUACAUCGAGGGGCUGCUCCGCGAGGCCGAGAGCGCCGAGGAGCGCCUGGAGGCCCUGCGAGCUGUCCUGGCCGCCUGCCUGGAAGAAGAUCUCUUGAAUGAUGUUUGCAGGGAGGUGGUCGAGAAGUGGUCUGAAUCUCAGAUUGUUGAUGCCAAAGAGGAGAAAGAAGACGAGAUCCAGGCCCUCACCAGCGUGAUGGAGAAGCAAGCCAGGAUUGUGGUGAAGCCAAAGGAGGUCUCCCAGGAGGAGAAGCAGCGGAAAGCUGCCCUCCUGGCCCAGUACGCCAACGUGACAGACGAGGAGGAUGACGGGGAUGAACAGGAUGGAUCGACUGGAACAGCUGUAAAUAUUGGAUCAGAAAAGUCGCUGUUCCGCAACACCAACGUGGAGGAUGUCCUGAACGCUAGGAAACUGGAGCGGGAGCUGCUGCGUGAUGAGUUUCAGAAGAAGAAAGAGCAGGAUAAACUCCAGCGAGAGAAGGACAAGCUGGCCAAGCAGGAGCGGAAGGAAAAGGAGAAGAAAAGGACACAGAAGGGCGAGCGGAAGCGGUAGCUGGGGUUUUCCAGUCGGACUCUCAAGAGAUGAAAUUAAUUAAAACUACAGUGUGUGUUUGAAAAGCAGCAGCGGUUCCAGGCACUCCUUUAGAAGUGUUUAUUUUUCUUUUUGCUUUUGAAAAGACUCGUGGCAGCUGGGCACUGCGGAGCGUGCCCUGUGCCGGUGGCGUCAAACAUCCCCACCCAUCGCGAUGAGAUUGUGUCCAUGUUGUAAAUCAAUCGGUUUUUACUUUAACUCCUUCAAGUCAAGAUGCAGGACAGGGCUUCCAAGCCGGCUGUGUCCUCCUGCCAGCAGAGACCUGCAGCGGCAGCGUGCUGUGAUUUGGGAACGGAGCAGAACCCCUUUCCAACACGGAACUGAGGACAUGCAGGGCGAGCAUGGAUUUAUUUACGCUGGCCAUUUGCAAAUGCCUGUAUUUGUGCUGCCGAGAGCUGCGCUUUGUCUGCAUUCUGGGAGAGAUGGGAUUGGAGCUGAUCUCGGUGAGAGCAAGCACUGCUCUGCCACAGAAGGGAAGCGCUGCGAGAUACCUAUAUCAUCCACGAGUGCGUGGUAGGGAAAUGUGCCGAUUAGAGCAGAGCUGCAGCGAAUCACUCCUGUCCCUGUGCUGUUUUAAGGCACUGUGCCGGUAGCUGGAGAAUGGUGCUCCUCAAUGUGGCGUGGGUGAAGGUCGACUCUGAUUUCAAGACCGACUCUGAUUUCAAGGUCAGGUUGGAUGUGAGCGAGUUGGUUGCCCUCACUGGGUACAGCUGAAUGCUUCUCCUGCCCCCACGGCCUCCUUACUUGCCGUUUCCAGUGCUUUCCAUGACGCUGUCACCUGCAUCCAGAAAGGAAAGCAUUGACUUCUGUAAGCUGAGCAUGUGGGAGGAGCUGCUUCGCGCUCUGGCUGAUGUGUUUGCUGGUGCCACGCGCUCCUGGCAGCUCCUGACGGGGUGUCCCAGCGCCUGCGUUCUGCACUGUUCUGAUUAACGGGUGAUGGUUCUUGUUCAGCUGCUGCAAGUGUGAGUGUCGAACUGCCUAAGAAACAAUAAAGCUGGUUGGC